AUGUCGUUCCUCUUUGGCUCGCGCUCGAAGCACCUACCGCCUGGUCCGCCCGGGGUUCCCAUCAUCGGCAACCUUAAGCAGAUCCCCAGCAACGAGCAGUGGGUGUGGUUCCAUAACAUCUCCAAGAAGUACGGCGACGUGAACACGCUGCAUGUGCUCAACACCACGCUCAUCGUGCUGAACUCGCAAGAGGCGAUCGACACGCUCUUCAACAAGAAGGCCGACCAGUACUCGAACAAGCCCUCACGGUGGAUGGCGAAUUCAUCCAAUCUGAUAUGGACGGCGCCGUUCAUGCCACAGGGCCCGGACUACGAAUACGUACGGAAGAUGUUCCACGACGAAAUCGGCCAACAGGUAGUCGGCAAGUACAACAAGGACUACGAGACGUCCUCGCGGCGCUUCAUGCAGACGCUCAUGCAAAACCUCCAUUCGCCGGACCUCACGCAAGUCAUCGACGACUCGAUCGGACACGUUUUCCUGAAGGUGUCGACUGGGUACGAGCCGAAGCCGACAGACACGAUCCUCACGCAGCUGAACGACCUCGCGCACUUUGCUGCGGACGUGCUCGCCGACAAGUUCCAGGUGUUCGACCUCCUCCCUCCCCUUCGGUGGCUACCAACGUGGACGCCCGUCAUCGGCCCGAUGCUGGAGCUCGGCGCGAAGUGGAAGAAGCAGCUAAACGCGACGGCGGACGAGACCGUGAAGCUCGCGCAGGAGGGCAAGGACGCGGGCAACGAUUCCGUCAUGUACGACAUCACGCUCGGUAAGACGUCGCUCGACAUGCGCACGAAGAUGAUCGGGGCCACGAUGAACGCAGGGGGCAUGCUUGCGACGGAGUCCGCGACGCUGACGUUCUUGCUCGCGAUGGCGAAAUUCCCGGAAAUCCAGCGGCGCGCGCAGGCGGAGGUCGAUGGCCUCACCGAGGGAAAGCGCCUCCCGACGAUGGUGGACCGCCCAAACCUGCCGUUCGUCGAUGCGGUGCUGUCCGAGGUCCUGCGCUGGGUGUCCAUCGCUCCCGUUACUACGGAGCUAAUCGCGCCGCAACAGGCGAUCUCGCGCGACGAGAAGCUGUUCCCAGAUCCGGAGGCGUUCAAGCCGGAGCGCUGGCUGGACGCGUCCGGCACGAAGCUGCGUGAUGACCUGCUGGACCCGAUGCAGUUCGCGUUUGGGUUUGGGCACCAUACGUGCCCCGGGAGGUACCUCGCGGACGCGCUGCUAUUCAGCCAUUACGCGCACAUCCUCGCGGUGUUCGACGUCGCGCUCCCGCCGGUAGCAGAGAAGGCGCUGCUCGAUGCGGACGCUAAGAUGAAGGUCAAGAGCAAUGGGGCUGCAUGCCGCGUGGAGGAGGUCUACGUGCAGCUCGCGCCUCGCUCGGCGGCUGCGACGGAGCUUAUCAACCAGGCUUCCACGUCCGUGCCCGCGCCCGCACCCACUGUGGAGACCGCGUCCGCCUCGACCAACGGCCCCGCGAGCCCCAUCCCGAACGGCGCUCCCAGCGCAAAAUCGAACGCGGCCCAUUGA